AAUUGUGCAAAAAAUGAUCAAAUUUGCUAAAUUAUGCUGGUUGCAUAAAACCACGGGGACGGGCAAUUAUAUGAUCGUUAAAACACGCAGCUCAAUCUUAAGAUUGCACUGAUCGGUAAAUAACGUGGAACGCAUGUACUUGGCCUAACCAAGUUUUUGAUUGCUAUGUCCGCCGUUACUAAUCCUUCAGCCUUCCACUAAACCCUAAACCCUCAACACAUCUUGAGUCAGCAUCGCUGUCAUUUUCUUCAACAUUUUAAAAAAAGUUUCGAUCUGACCCGGCCUCCAUUGAUGGGUCCAUUCGUUCAAAAAUGCCGCGGGGUUCAUUCGCCAUCCUGCCAAAAGUGAGUGCGUUUCAGGCUAGGCCAGUUGUUAGGUCAGGCCAGUUGUUAGAUCAGGCCAGUUGUUAGAUCAGGCCAGUUGUUAGAUCAGGCCAGUUGUUAGAUCAGGCCAGUUGUUAGAUCAGGCCAGUUGUUACAUCAGGCCAGUUGUUACAUCAGGCCAGUUGUUACAUCAGGCCAGUUGUUACAUCAGGCCAGUUGUUACAUCAGGCCAGUUGUUACAUCAGGCCAGUUGUUACAUCAGGCCAGUUGUUAGAUCAGGCCAUGUCACCCGCUGGCUAGCUCUAGCAUUGAAGGCCGGCCAUGUUGGCUGUAAGGCAAAUAGAGAUCCGUGGGAAAAUGGACGGUCAACGAAUGAGCUAAAACAUGCGGUGGAGCAUUCUCACAUUGUGUGCUCACUGCGCUGGCUGACUAUGAACUGAUUUCGAUUCAAUGAAUUCUUUUGUUGUGGCCUUGUUGUGCGAGUUUCUCCGCUCUUAUAACCAAGAAACAUCAUGUCACUGACAGAGGGCGCAUUGAUUCCUCGACAAGGGGAACAAAUCACAUUGACAUUUACCCAGUAAAAUACUGACAGCGGCUCGUUUUGGUUCUUAGUUGUGACAGACACGAGAGACGUCGUUCUCAUACUGCCAAUGUUUAUCUCUGAGGAUAGAUAUCCACGCAAUCCCUCGUCAUCAGCUGUUGGUAAAGAAAGCAGUCUGUUACCUCUAAUAAAGUGAGUAUUUACACAUGGUGAAAACUUUGUGACUCAGAGACCAGUGGACAGCCGUAAUAAAGUGACUAUUUACACAUGGUGAUAACUUUGUGACUCAGAGACCAGUGGACAGCCGUAAUAAAGUGAGUAUUUACACAUGGUGAUAACUUUGUGACUCAGAGACCAGUGGACAGCCGUAAUAAAGUGACUAUUUACACAUGGUGAUACAACAGCUUUACACAGUCGUGCUCUUCCUCUGCCCUUUGUUCUCCAAAAGACUUUGUUGAGAAAAUGAUCUCUUCUUCAUGAGGAUCAUGUAUGAGCCAACAACAUCAGCGCGCUCUUUGGAAUGGCGAUGUCGGUAGGAAAAAUGGGGAGCAAGUCCCACAAAAUUGGCACCAGUUUGUUUCUACACUGGUUAAUUUUCCAAGGUUUUGGGAGAACAAAAUCAGGUAAGUCAACAAAGUAAACUGAUAGAAGGCAAGAGAUGAACGGAGCCCACCACGAUUCUUGCUAUCAUGUAGCUGUCUAAUCUUUCAGAGUGUCCUGACUGUGGGAAACAUUUCUUGAUCAAAGCCGAUCGGAAAGACCGACGACAAUGGUUGACUGGUGGCGGCCAAGUUGCCUAGCAACUUACUGAGUGCCACAGCCGACAGAGAGCAUUCCUACUGCUCAGUUUCGUUCAUUUUUCGUUAAACGUGGCAUCGAGCUCAGGCGUUAAACGCUACAAUUUCUUCCAAUUGUCAGUAAUUGUUACUGAAUUGUGUUUUGCUGGGACUCUACAUCGGUCUUUUCAAACUCAGCCUAUGUUUUCUUUCGUUUGACGUAUGGAGUACCAUUUUCUCGUACUCACACAUGAUUGAGGAAUUCCCAAUCCUUGUUUCACUCGGCAGUUUUUGGAGAAAUAAAUAUACUUGUAGAAAUAUUGACAAUCCCCGAGUCCAUACAUAUCACCAAUGGCACGCUGUUUUAUUUUUCCGCUGAACUUUCAAGUUGAUAAAAGUGAUAUGAUUUCACUGCCUCUCAGUUUACUAUAAAUGGACAGCUUUGGCUCACAGAUUGCUAAACUGUCUCAUCUGUUUCUCAGGUAAACACUGACAGUUCAUUGGCUACAGCCAGAUCCUAGUACAACAUGGCCGAAGCCAGUGCAGCCCGGAGCAGUGACACAGUGGUGGACUCGGAGACCAGAGCCGUGGAGGGUCGCUAUAGAG